AUUAUUGUUAUAAUAACAAACGAAAACCCAGACAGUGCCGGACCCUAAAAUAAUAAAAAAUUUCCCUAUAUCAGAUAAAAUCAGUCCCGAAGCUUAACUCUUGCAUCUGACGAUCUAUUGUUAGAUUUCCCGAAUACCCACAGUCAAGAAAGCGGAGAAAUGGACGCAGAAACGAGAGAGAAGAUAAAGAAAACGGUGAGGGAAAUACUGGAAGAAGCGGACAUGAAUGAAAUGACAGAGUACAAGAUUCGACAAAUGGCUUCCCAGAAACUGGAACUUAACCUCUCCGACUCCAAGUACAGGGCUUAUGUUAGACAUGUCGUCAAUUCUUUCCUUGAAGAACAAAAGGCCAAACAAGAAGAAGCAGAAGCUGUAGCAGACGGUGAUAAUGAUAACAACAACAAAGAGUUUGAUGAUGAUGGUGAUCUCAUUGUUUGCAGGCUGUCUGAGAAGAGAAGGGUGACGAUUCAAGAAUUCAGAGGGAAAACUUUGGUUUCCAUAAGGGAGUAUUACAAAAAGGACGGCAAAGAACUUCCUAGUUCUAAAGGAAUAAGUUUGACACAAGAACAAUGGUCAGCCUUUAGGAAGAAUAUGCCAAACAUUGAGGAAGCUGUUAGGAAGAUGGAGUCACAGACCAUGUGACAGCGUCAUCUGGUGACUGACUGUGAAGCCCUUUUUGAAAUGUGUAAUUUUAAACCUGAAGUUAACCUCAGUAUCUAUGGCAUGGCGGCUAUGUGCCUUUUACUAAGUCACUGUUUCGAGUCUGGACUAUUUUUGAAUCUCAUUUUAGAAUGAAGGGCUGAUAUAGCUCCUUGGAAAUUAUGUGGAUCGUUUAAUCAAUGCGGAUACAGAGAUACUUAACAAGAAUGUAUGUGAAAUACUUUGGCUGGAAAGCACGUAUUUUUGUACUUGUAA